ACAACUGCCACCACUAAAACUGUUACUAAUUGUUUUAUGACCCAGCAGAUAUCAGAGGAAAACCAAAGGCUAGUACUGUGUGAAUUGAAUUUUCAUGACUUAAAACAAUUGAAACCGGCAGGAUAUUUUGAUAAAAAUAUCAUUAAAAUGGAAUGUCAAGUUAAGAAAAACGAGCAUUUUCGACACCUCCUUCUUUUUGCUUUUAAUCAAGGUUCUAAGGCAGCAAAAGCUUCUCAUGACAUUUGUGCUGUAUAUGGAGAGGGUGCCAUAGCUGAAAGAACUGCUUGUGAUUGGUAUGCCAAGUUCAAAAUGGAAAUUUUGACUUCAAAAAUGCAUCUUGUUCUGUCCGUCUGACAAGGGAACUGGCAGAGAAAAUGGAAUACUCCCACACUGCUAUAGAGAAGCAUCUUCACUCGAUGGAAAAGGUUCAGAAGUAUGGAGCAUGGGUUCUGCAUGCUUUAAGUGGCAACAACAAAAAUCAACAAGCCACAAUCUCCAUUGGUUUGCUUGCUCGUCACCACUCAACUCACGGACACAAACAACAAUUUCUUUACUGAAUCAUUACUAGCGACGAAAAAUGGUGCCUGUACAUCAAUAUGAAGCAGCUUAUGGAAUGGCUUAGCCCCAGUAAAAAAGCAACACUGCACAUGAAAGAAGAUCUUCAUCCAUGUAAAAUGAUGUUGUUCAUAUAGUGCGACUGGGAAAGGAUUAUUCAUUACGAAUUUCUUGAACGGAACCAAGCAGUCAAUGUGAAACUCUAAGUUCAACAUGUGGAAUGACUCAACAUGGCUAAUCAAGAGAAAAGACCUAAUCGGCAGCAUGGAGUUCUUCUGCUGCGCAACAAUGCCCGCCCUCAUAUCAUCAAUAUGACUAAUGAAGCCAUUCAAACACAUGGCUGGGAAGUGCUGCCACACCCGUCGUACUCUCUUGAUUUGGUACCAACGGAUUGCCACCUUUUUUGAUCUCUUUCAAAUGCUAUGCUUAGAGUUUGUGAUGCAGAAUUGAGAGCUUGGUUGGAGCUGAUGCAGAAUUGAGGGCUUGGUUGGAUCAAUUUUUCGAGUCAAAAUCAGGUGAUUUCUACCAACGAGGUAUUGAAAUCUUGUUUAAGUUGGGAAGAAGUUAUAAACAAGGGUGAAUACAUUAUUGAUUAAUUAGUUGUUAUUUUUUAUUAAACCUUUUAAAAAGUUUAAAUUUUAAAAACGGCGAGAACUUAGUUGCCAACCCAAUAUAUGUACAUAUUUAUCAUAUAUACAUACAUGCACCCUCACACACACACAUAUAAAUAUUUAGAUAAAUAUAGAUAUACAUACAUACAUACAUGCAUACAUAUACAUACAUGUCUGUGUGUGUGGCUGGUUGAAGCUCUGCUGUCCAAUGAUAUGGAUUUUAGUUUUUUGAUCAACUGAAGGACCAGCUCUUGAAGUUAUGUCAUGGGAGCAUGUACCCAUUUACUCAUUAUUCACAGGUAGAAUGAGUAUGAUAUGAUGUGAGACAUGGCUGUACAUUUCAAUUAGAGCUACAAUCCAUAUAACAUGUAUAUAAUUGAAAAAAAUGAAACUUGAAAUUUGCCAGCAAAUUGUGAUCCUGAAACACAUCUAGUAGGAUGGGAAUGAGCUGUCCAGCAAAUGCCAGCAUAGAAAUAGAGAGUGGAUGCAAAGCAAUGAUAAUGAGUGGUUGGCGUUAGGAAGGGCAUCCAGCUGUAGAAACUCUGCCAAAUCAGACUGGAGCCUGGUGUUGCCAUCCGGUUUCACCAGUCCUCAGUCAAAUCGUCCAACCCAUGCUAGCAUGGAAAGCGGACGUUAAACGAUGAUGAUGAUGAUGAUGAUGAUUAUGAUAAUAAUAAUGAUGAUGAUGAUAUAUAUCAUAAGCAUACACUCACACAUACAUAUAUAUAUAUAUACACAUGUGUACACACACAUGCACACACACAUAUACAAACAUGCAUAUGCAUAUAUUGAAAAGGUUAAGAGGUUUCACACAAGUAAAUUUUAAAAGUGGGGACAAAAUAUUAGGUUAUCCAGCCAGAAGAGAAGCUGAGAGUAGGAUGUGUGGAAAUGUUUCAGUCUGUGAUGAUGAGAAGCAUGAACUGUUCUGAAUCACAAAGCAGUGUGUUUGUAUGAAUCAAAAUGUCACAGGAGAGAAGUGAGAAAAUACUGAUGCACUUGCCUGAGGUAAAAAUGAAAAUAAAGAAGCAUGGAAUAAAAAGAGGAAAACAUCUACCACUUUUUCAAAAUAGGCAGCCCGUUUCCAUUACUGAAGCCAAUAAGAAAAGGAAAAAUAAACUGAAUAAAUUAAUUUUUGAAGAUAGCAGCUUUGAAAGAGCACAUGACUGCUUAUUACAAAAUUCACAUGUUAGCACUUGUUGGUCUCCUACCAAUGGGCACUUGAUCAUAAUUGUAGUAGUAUCAGUUUUAGAAGUGGCAGUUUUGCUGUUCUUUAUUAGCAAUAUUGAUAUUCAUGAGUAGUUCAUAGUGAUGAGGGUUGUUGUACAGUGGUAGUGGUGGCAGUAGCAAUACCAGCAGCAUCUAGUGAUAGCAGAAUCAGCAGUUGUAUCAGCCUCACUAGUAGAAGCAGUAAUAGCAGCUGUAGCAGCUUAUGCAUUAGGUGUAGUAGUGGUGGUUGAAAUAAUAGAAGCCAGAGAUGUAAUAAGAAUGCUGUAGCAGGAGUGAAAGUAGUAACUAUAGCAGCAAUAGUAGUUACAGCAGCAAUAGUAGUUACAGCAGCAAAGUAGUAGUAUCUGUAAUGGUAGUGUCAGCAGCUGUAGUUUUAGUAGUAGUGACUUUUCUCCUGUAAUUGUUAAGUGGUCGGUAUUUCAUUUUGAAUGUUGUUCCUUUGCUGAAGUUAAGUAAAUUGUUAUAAGGGAAGAUCAUAGAACUUGGUUGUUUCUUAUCAGGACAUAAUUGGAUUCAAAUUUGUAAUCAAUGCAGAGUCAUGAAUUGUCUGAAGGACACCCUGAUUUGCCCUAUAUACUUUUCUCUACAUUCUGUUAUUGCAUAAAUUGGGUUUUCAGAUGCACAGAUGAAAAUAUCAUUUAUUUUUGAGAGCUGUCUCUAUAAAUCUGAUUUCACAUUCCUUCUGACUGAUUUAUACAUAUCUCAUGUGUGUGUAUAAAAUAUAGUGCAAGGAGAUGGAAUGAACAGGCUGUAAUCCAAAUCACAACAAAUGUUUCUGCACAUUAGCAUCAGCUGAUAAUUACUGAGUGUUGCACAUAUUAUACAUAUUACUAUAUAAAUAUGAUUCAGUGAUAGCUGUGUACUUGCACAUCAUCAGGUGAGUUGCUUUGAGAUUUUCACAUGUAUAUCCAGUAAAAGAAGUAUUCUAGCUAUUUGAUAGCAUAUGAUCACUAAUAACUGCAAAGUAGCUUUGGAAUGUUAUUACCAGGAUGAUAUUAAGUUAUACAUAAAUCAUCGUUUAAUAUCUGUCUUUCCUGUUGCCAUGGUUUGAUGGAAUCUAAUGAACUGGAGGACUGUGUCAAACUCCAGUGUCAUUGUUGGAUGGAUGUUAGUAAGAUGAGAAAUGAACAAAACUUGAUGGGGAUAAUUUGGGUGCAAGGGCAGGAUUCAGUGUGUGAAUAGACAUGAACCUAAUGCUGUUAGAAGCUUCCUUUUGUUCUGAUGGAUGGGUUUUGUUGAGUACAACAAAAUGCCAAAUGUCUCAAUUCCUUUUUCAUCUCCACCAAGAAGUGUACCAAUUUAAGAUCAGCCUUUGGAGCAUGACUUUUUGGGUCUCCCUCUUCUACAAGUUACAUCAACUUUAAGCGAUUGACACUUCUUUAAACAGUUGUCAUCAUCCAAGAACACCACAUGAUUGUACUAAUACAA